ACCCAGCAAGAGGGAGGAUAGAGACUCAGGGGACAGGAGGACGACAGAAAUUUAGAGGGCAAGGAAAGAGACCUGGAGAAAGAGGGAGAGAUUCUGAGAGAAGGGGACAGCAAGGAGGGGGGAAAAAAGAUCCAGAGAGAGGGGAACAGAGACCCAAAGACCAGAACAAGAGACCGAGAGCAGGGAAGGAGAAACAGAGCUGGAUGCAGAGAUGGAAUAGCUUAGCAGGGUGUGAGGUCAGAGUGUCUGUGAGGUCAGCUGUUGUCCAUGACCAGACCUGGGGUCCCAGUGCCCAGAGAUGGGUAUGAAUAGAUCAAGAGUCCCUUUGAAUCCAGCAGUCUGAGCCAUGGAAACAUGGGAGGAACUGCCCCAAGUGUCCAGGGUAGCGUCUCAGCUGCCACAAAUUCCAGGCCACCUCAGGUACCAGGGUGUAAGUCCUACCUGGGCAAGUGACGGAGACAGGGACAAAAACAGAGAAGAGAGUCACUUCGGGUGAAGACAAGGGGGUGGAGCCCCACCCUCGGAACUUCCUCUUUCUUUGUGUUCUUGCCUUCUCCCUAGCUCUCUGCCUCUUCAUCUCUCUUUCACUCUUGGCCUCUGUCUUUCUGCCUGUCUCCUCACUGCCAGUCCCCAUCAGGUCCCUCAAGCUGAUCGCUCUACCUUUUAGGUGAAGAUGUCGGCCCAGGAGAGCUGCCUCAGCCUCAUCAAGUACUUCCUCUUCGUUUUCAACCUCUUCUUUUUUGUCCUGGGAAGCCUUAUUUUCUGCUUUGGCAUCUGGAUACUCAUUGACAAGACCAGCUUUGUGUCCUUUGUGGGCUUGUCCUUUGUGCCUCUGCAGAACUGGUCCAAAAUCCUGGCCAUCUCAGGAAUCCUCACCAUGGGGCUUGCCCUCCUGGGCUGUGUGGGAGCCCUCAAGGAGCUCCGCUGCCUUCUGGGUCUGUAUUUUGGGAUGCUGCUUCUCCUGUUUACCACACAGAUCACCCUGGGAAUCCUCAUCUCCACUCAGCGAGCCCGGCUGGAGCGAAGUGUGCAGGACAUCGUGAAGAAGACCAUCCAAAACUACCGUGCCAACCCAGAGGAGACAGCGGCUGAGGAGAGCUGGGACUACGUGCAGUUCCAGCUGCGCUGCUGCGGCUGGCACUCUCCCCAGGACUGGUUCCAGGUGCUCAUACUGCGAGGCAACGAGUCAGAGGUGCACCGUGUGCCGUGCUCCUGUUAUAACUCGUCGGCGACCAACGACUCCUCAAUCUACCAGUUCAGCCGGCUUGGACAGGCAGGACGGGCCAGACACAGUGCAGACCUCUGCACUGUCCCAGCAAAAAGCUCCAUCUACCGCGAGGGCUGCGCGCAGAACCUCCAGAAGUGGCUGCACAACAACCUCAUUUCCAUUGUGGGCAUUUGUCUGGGCAUCGGUCUACUCGAGGUGAGUGUAAUGGUGCUGGGCCUGCUACUACAGCGCAGGGCGCUCCGCCAGGAACCCAAGCCGCCAGUGCCAGACGCCGACAGUUCCAGCCUCCUCGGGCCCAACCUGAUCGCUGACGGCGGCAGUGGGCGCUGUGGCGUGCUCAACAGCAGUGGGCGUAGCGGCAGUCUAUGGGGUGGCUGGGGCAUGGCGGAUGCCUGCCCCAACUGGGGGGACAAGGCCCCCCAGGGCAAGCUACCCAUGGUCCUGGGGCCCUGGCCGCUGUGGGAUCAAGAUGAGGAGCAGCCAGAGACCAGGAGUGUGGGAGCAGAGGCUGAGGCAGAAUUAGAAGCUGAGAAGGGAGAGACAGAUGAGCCUCCAGAAUAAAGGAUCUUGGACUUGCUUCCGACCUUACUCCUCUCAGGCGCUAACCCGACCCUGCCUCUCCACCUACUGAAGUUCUCCCUCUAGCCUCUCAUUUCUACCUACUCCUUUCUCUAGCCCUUCCAGCCCACCACUGACUUUCCUCCCUGGUGGUGAUGGGGGGGGGGGCAUCACACCCACUAUUGCCAGCACCUUCUAAACCUUUCUCACUGCUCUCCUUUCUCUAUAGCUCGGCUUCAUGACGCUCUCGAUAUUCCUGUGCAGAAACCUGGACUACGUCUACAAACAGCUGGCUCGAUACCGCUAGGCCCCAUCCUUCACCAGCCCCACCCUGACCCCUUCAAGAGCCUUCCCCGUCGCAUGUAAAUAUUUGUUUAAUCCUCAGUUCACCCCAGGCAUUGAGCCCUCCACCUCCUCAUUCCCCUGGGGACCCAGGUGUCCGCCUGCCCCCUCUGCCUCUCCUGGGGGACCUGGGGCUUCCGUCCACCAGCUUCCUGCCCCCAAAGAUACUUGGUUUCCUUGACUCAUCUGUCGGCCUACCACCUCCCACAAGAUUAUUUUUCACCCAAACCUCAAAUAAAUACCUUGC